AUGUACGUGUACAUGUGCAAGUAUAAAUUCAGGGGGCGUAUUUAUAAUCUCAAAUUCUUAAAUAUAUUCUUUUACUUCCGUUUCGAAUUAAGUCAAAAGUUCAUUUUUUCAAGUUAUAAAUAUUGCAUAAUUAUAACAGUAAAGUCUCCCCUUCUUUACCCAGGUUCACUUUAAAAUACGAAAUAUGGAGGAACAACAGGAAAACGAUGCGAUGCAACUAGCUCUACAAAAUCCGAUCAUUCUUCAAAAAAUAUUUCAAAACAAGUCUCUUUCUGCAACAACGUUACGACUCGUGUGUCACUUCUGGAAUGACAUCACGGUCUCCCUUCCCCGACCCAAGUUGACCCUUCUACUCACCCAGGAUCAGCCGUACUGCUGUCAGUCCACCCCCCUUCAAUUAUUCUGUACCAAAAUGGAACCCAGACUGUCCAGGUGGAUAAAGCAGCGCGGAUUUUCAUCCUAUUGCAAGCACCCACAUGAUCAAAGAAUUUCUUCCAUUGAAUCCAAACUGCUCCACGUUUCGUGUCAAUUCAGCCUCAUAAUGGAACGCUUAUCAAUAACCAUCGACUCUUCAGACUUGAUUCCAACAUUGUACGAAAUACUGCAAAACUGCUGCCCAAACUUGAAAAUUCUCAAGAUUAAAUUGUACAAUUCUGGAGAUAACCCUACCCCUACCCACCUGGCUGCCUUACGCCCGCUCUGCGCCCGGAGGAAGUUAACCUUUAUCAAAAUACAUGAUUUUUCUGGCCACUUCUUCCCCGUGACACAGCUGCUCCUUAAUUCUGCUUCAAACUUGACCCAUUUGAAAUACCAUGGCAAAACGUGACCAGAUUUGGGUCGGAACGUCUCCAUAAAGCGGCUCGAGUUGAAGAUAAGCUACGUACAAUCAACGGAUUCUCUGUGUCGCAGAAGUGUGCACGGAGUGAACGGGAUGUUGGAUCAGGUGAAAGACCAUCUUGAAUUCUUGAGCGUACAAAGUCACAUGCCAAUCGGUGAAAUUGAAGAUGUCGAUGUCGAUGCAGACUUUCCACAUCCGGUCCGAAUCCACAUCCCGAAAAUGAAGAAUCUCAAAGAAUUUAGGAAUCAAAUGCUGGAUUUGUUUGAUUGUGGGGAAGAUAUUUGUAUCGGGAGGAUCACCACGUUACAAACGUUACACGUGGCUACAGUCAAGUCAAAUUUGGACCAUUUCUUACGAAAUAUUGAGCAGAAGAAGGAUUUAUUUCGUGGCGUGAAGAAGCUCCAUGUAAGGGAUGUAGUUAACCCGGAAUCGAUUACGGGAUUAAAGGUGGCAUUCCCAAAUUUGGAAAGUUUAUCAAUUGUCCAGUUUAACGUGGAUGGAUUAAUGUCCACCAAGGCUGCCAACGUGGGACGAUGUGUACGACCCUGUAAUUCACUCGGAUUAAAAUAUUUGGAGUUAAUUUCAAUUCAUUGGCAACGGCUGGGAGGAUUUAUGCAAGGGUUUGCAAAUUGCGAGGAAUUAUUGGCGAGUCUCAAAUCUUUGAAAAUACGGUUCGUAAUCUCUCCACGGGUGAAGGAUGACUUGGAUAUGACCGAGCAGAUGAAACAGUGGUUAUUGGGAAUGAAGAGUUUGGAAAAUGUGUAUAUUGCUGGGCUUCGAUUGAAGGACGAAACAUGGGACUGGGUGGAAACCUUCAUUCAAGAGAACAAGCUUCCAAUUGUGUUCGAAGAGGGCGAGGAUGAAAUAUUUUCCUAGUGUAAGGCAACAUUCAUGACAAAAUUGACAAUUUUUUAUUAGCUUGAAACGGGUUAAACCGCCUUUGUUAACAUGUGGCGCAAGUUGACCUAGUGCAACUGCCAAAGCCUCAGAGUUGCGUUAAAUACUGAAUUAAUUAUUUAAAUAAUAAAUAAAUAAGUAAUUUUCGCUCCCAGGAUUCAAUCCAGGAAUCAAUAAAUAAUAAAUAACCAUCAAAUUUUCAAUUUCAGUUAAAUAAUAAA